AUGAACGACGGUACACUCGUCAUUCGCGGAGAGAAUGUUCCGUCGCGAAAUGUAGGCGGUGUUUUUGUUGUGCACCCAUCUGUUGUCCAUUUUGUCGAUUCUCACGAAAUCCUGUCACCUCGUCUGGCCAUUCUUCGCCUCCGUCCUCUGCGCCAAAAAUCCAUCAGUAUCAUCAACUGCUACUCACCAACAUCAGCAGCUGAUGAAUCCGAAUUGGACGCGUUUUACGAGGGGAUGGAGGAAGUAGUCCGCAACGGGAAGUCCUUCUACAAAUUCGUUGUAGGAGACUUCAACGCAAAACUAGGAAAGGCCUCAGAGGAGGAAUGCAGGAUUGAACGAUUUGGACUAGGGGACCGGAAUGAAAACGGCAAUCGUCUCACCGGGCUGUUGUCCGCCGCUCGCCUCUUUCAUGUGAACUCUCUUUUCAUGAAAAAAGAUCAUCGUCGGUGGACAUGGGAAUCGCCCAAUGGCGCGACUCGUGCGGAGAUCGACCACAUAUUCACCAACCGGAGGUGGUGUCUACUUGACGUCUCAGUAGUACCAUCCUUUUGUAGUGGUUCUGAUCAACGUCUCCUUCGUGCGAAAAUACGACUUAGCCACACGAUGGAAAAGAACAUCUGCUAUAGGCAACGAAGGAGAAAAGAAGUCGUCUACGACGAUUGCCUACUCGAGGACUCCUUGUCCCAAGGUGACUGGCACAUCGAGGAGGACCCAAACGUGGCUUACGAGAUACUGCUCAGAGGAUUACGAGCCUGUGCUGAACGUGCCUCGAAGCCGCGCACGACAAACUUGGAUCGGAUUUCGAAGACCACCAAGGAACUGUUGGAAAGAAGAAGGGCUUGGGGCUUGAUCCGUGAAUGCAUCACACAUUGA